CUGAUAGGCCUACUUCUUUCUGCCAGCAUCAAUUUCUAUUGUACAGAUACAAUCUUCAUUAUAGCUUCACAGUAGUACACAUUUUAUAUUCAGUUAAAUACUUGUCACAGGCCGUAUAUGGUCAGGCCUACUUCAAAAUAUUCCAUAAGAAAAAUAACUAUUACCGUUUUGAUAAACUAAGAUAAUGUAGGUGACUUGUAUGUAUUUUACAGUUUGGCGAUUGACGAUAUAGCCCGCUGUGUGGGCUUGGUUUGGUUACGGGCUGACUACGUACCUUUCCAGUUUUGAUUGUUUACAACCACAUAUAAUGAUUUAGUGGUGAAAUCUCCGCCACCUACCAGUCAAGGGUUAAGGAAUGAGAAGUGUAAACCGAUACGAGUGUCUGGCAAGUGCAGUGGCAAAACGUGUUCAGUUUGGACGUGGGAAUGUUUGUUAGCAUACUUGCCUUGAGAAGAGUGUUUCCGACAAAAGAGAAUGCUGUAAUCAGUCUGAUGAAUGAGAACACAUAGCCACACCGAAGCAGAACCCUGCACCCAUUCUAAGAUGGAGGAGCUGGCUGUGUUGGACUUAAUGACGUGCCCGCUGUGUUUAGAGCGGCUGGAUGUUUCAGCCAAGGUCCUGCCUUGCCAGGAUACCCCCUGGAAGCCCAGCCUGCAUCAACAGGAGAACUCCAGGCCCAGGGCCAAGAUUGCGCUCCACUGCCCAGAGUGUCAUACCCUGGUCCAGGCCAGGUCGGUGGAGGAGCUGCCCCCUAACCUCCUGGUUCGGCUCUUGAAGGGCCUCAACCAGGGGUCCAUGGAGCCAGGUCGGGACAGGAACAAACCGUCUGCCAGGGGCAGGGAGGCCCAGCAGCAGCAUCAGAAACAACAACUGCAGAACCCACAGUCAGAUCAGCAGCACAGAGAGAGGCAGCAUGGAAGGAAUGAGUUCAUUGCCAGAGCCCUGUACGACCACAGACGAAACGUCCCAGGAGUGAUUGACAUGGCGUCUGGUGACAUCAUCAUUCUGAGACAGAAGGUGGAUGAGAACUGGUAUUAUGGAGACACGAACAGCAGUAGUGGGCUGGUCGCUGCUAACAUGAUACAGAUUAUUGACCAGCAGCAUAAGACUCCACCACAGUGUCAAUCCCAGACCCAGUCCCAGACCCAGUCCCAAUCCCAGACCCAGUCCCAGACCCAGUCCCAGUCCCAGUCCCAGACCCAGUCCCAGUCCCAAUCCCAGACCCAGUCCCAGUCCCAAAAACAGUCCCAGUCCCAAUUCCAGACCCAGUCCCAAUCCCAAAAACAGUCCCAAUCCCAGACCCAGUCCCAAUCCCAAAAACAGUCCCAAUCCCAGACCCAGUCCCAGUCCCAAAAACAGUCCCAAUCCCAGUCCCAAUUCCAGACCCAGUCCCAAUCCCAAAAACAGUCCCAAUCCCAGACCCAGUCCCAAUCCCAAAAACAGUCCCAAUCCCAGACCCAGUCCCAGUCCCAAAAACAGUCCCAAUCCCAGUCCCAAUUCCAGACCCAGUCCCAAUCCCAAAAACAGUCCCAAUCCCAGACCCAGUCCCAAUCCCCAAAACAGUCCCAAUCCCAGACCCAGCCACAAUUCCAGUCUCAGCCUUUAGCCCUCUGCAAAGCCCUGCACGACUUUGACUCCAAAGAGAUGGACGUGAAUCUGGAUGACUGCAAGGACUGUCUCACCUUCCACAAGGGAGACAUCCUCACGGUCAUCAGACGAGCAGAUGAAAACUGGAUUGAAGGAAAGCUGGGAGACAAAGUUGGCAUUUUCCCUCUCCAUUUCACUGAGCCAUUCACAGAGGCAGCAGCCAAGCUUCUGGAGGGAAAGACCUGGAAGGGGAGUGACUCCUCGGCUGAAUCUCGCCCAGGGAUCGGGAGUGAGAGUGGAUCAACAAAUCCCGACCGGGCAACCUGCUUCGGGGCGACCCAGAGCCCCACGAAGACCUCCAAUAUUUCUGCUCUCAACCCCCCCACCACCACCCAGGGGAAACAGCAACAAGCUAACAGCAGCACCCUGUACCAGUCCAACCAGACACAACCUUUGAAUAUAAAUGGUCUGUACCAGUCAACCCAGGCACAACAACCUGCUAAUAUCAACAGUGGGUACCAGCCGACCCAGGGGCACCUAGUCAGUGCCCUCAACAACCUGAACCAUCAGGUUCAACAGAGCCAGCUGUCCCAACCCUCCGCCCCCCCUCCCAACCACAGCUCCUCUCACCGCUCAGGUGUGACCUCACAGCGCGUGAAGCGAAACUCCGUGAGAACUGGCAGACACCUGUCACAACAGGUGAGUCCUCAGGGCGUGAGGAAGAUGAGUAGUGGUGAAGCUCCUCCCACCAUCACCAUGGCUCUGAUCAACCCCCAGUCCUCCUCCGUCUCCUCGGACACCAAACAGUCCUCCACUCAGCAGCUCUCCAUCAGUGUGUGUGCUGCUCUGUACUCCUACAAGCCCUGUCGUUCUGAGGAACUGGAGCUGAGGAAGGGGGAGAUGGUGGGGGUGUAUGGGAAGUUUAAGGAGGGCUGGCUCCGAGGCCUCUCUCUACGGACGGGCAAAGUGGGCAUCCUCCCCGGCAACUACGUCACACCUGUCCUCAGGUAAGUGGGCAUUCUGCCCGGCAACUACGUCACACCUGUCCUCAGGUAAGUGGGCAUUCUGCCCGGCAACUACGUCACACCUGUCCUCAGGUAAGUGGGCAUUCUGCCCGGCAACUACGUCACUCCUGUCCUCAGGUAAGUGGGCAUUCUGCCCGGCAACUACGUCACUCCUGUCCUCAGGUAAGUGGGCAUUCUGCCCGGCAACUACGUCACACCUGUCCUCAGGUAAGUGGGCAUUCUGCCCGGCAACUACGUCACACCUGUCCUCAGGUAAGUGGGCAUUCUGCCCGGCAACUACGUCACACCUGUCCUCAGGUAAGUGGGCAUUCUGCCCGGCAACUACGUCACACCU